AUGAGCUACGACUAUGAGUCAUGGCCCCCCGGUCUUUCCGGCGAAGAUGGCGAAAUUGGUCUUGAUCGGACCCUCGACUACGACGCAUACUACGGCCCUGGUAGCGCCGCACCGAUGUAUGAAAGAUCCCAAGACUCGGGCUGGGUCCCUUCCGCCGGUGGCUCUUCUUGUAGUGGGUUCAGCGGAUACAUGAACGACGGGUGCUACAUAGGCCCGGACCCUCAACCUACCGCACAGCCAUGGCUUGGCCAAGUGAUCACAACUGAGCCGCUGCAGGACCACGGUUUUUGGGGCGUCCAUCCGGAGAACACUGCGUUCGAUAUCGGGAACAUAAUGUACGCGGCAGGACGUCUCUCUGACCCUCCGAUGGAUUUGCCUCCGCGUCAUGAGCAUGUUCAAGCAGUCUCGCCGGACAAGUUCCAAUCCUUCUCGCAAUCCCCUCCAUUGCAUUCGUCCUCUGUACGAACACCGUCUUACGAUGUUCCACCGAUACCCCCUCCUCCGUCUCGGCAACAACAUGCACACGGAAACCCGUACAUUCCGGGACGCAAGCUGCCACAGUCGGAGGACCCCUUAAACGAGAACACCCCAGAGCAAUCUAUGUCCGCCUCAGUGUUUCACGAAUUCAACAACAGCCAGUGGGUCGUGCGCCAGCGUCUCUAUCGUGGCAAUAGCGGUGGUAGUAUCCCGACGGCCAACACGGAAUUUCCUGUCAUGCUCGUAAACGUGUCCGCAAAGGAUGCGUUGGACCCUAUCACUCUUGCGAAUGUUCUGCCGAAGCCCUUGGAUCCCGCCUUUCGGAAAAACCAAGACAGGAAGGGAAAAAAGUGGACGUGUCGUUACGCGUUUGUCGACAGUCCGCCAAACAAUGCUUCACAGCACCACGAAUACGCUGCUGGAGACCAACACUCACAAACAGUCUCUGUCGCAAGGAGCCUGUUUGGCGAUUCAUCCCGUUCGUCAGCUAUUUCGGUACCCCUCAAGCGUGCCACAGUUGUAGAGAAGGUCGCACACGGACUGUACACAUUCAUGGGGACGCUGAAAGCCCAGAACAGGCCUCUAAAGUUCAAUGGUCUCGACGUCGACUACAACCACCUCCGAAUCGUGAACAUCUUCAGGCCCACUGUCGCCUCCAUGCAGCCGACGCUCGAGAUACUCGACGAGUUCCGUCACCUAUACACGCGCACCGCUUGCGCUUCAUAUGCCACACCCUAG